CGAACCGAGUGAGCCGUUGCCAUCACUAGUGUGGAUGCCAAAUUUCAAAAGUCCUUUCAAAUUUGGAAUUGGCGAACAUGCCCUUAUGCCUAUACACAAUCCCCAACCAUGAUAUCCGUCCUAACCACAAAUUUACAUCCUAUCUCCACCUCUCUUCCCUCAUGCAGAACCUCUUGCUCAAAAACCACCGCCAUUCCAACUUUUCCAACAACUUCAACCAUCUCCCUCUCUCUCCCUUUCCCAAACCAAAAUGCUGUCUGUCCACCAUGAUAUUCGGAAGCAUCAGUCAACCAAAUUUGCAGAGUAUACUUGGAAACUGCACCCGAGGGAGACACAUGAGAUCCGUCCCGAUGCCGCAGAAAAAAAUCCUUGGGCUGAUAUUUUAGGAACCGCAAGCGAGGAUUGAGUGAUAGACUGUUCUUAUCUAUGUUCAGUGGAAUGUUGUUUUGCAGAAAAGGUUGGAUUCGAGACCAGAUCUGGGUUGAUAAUUCGCAGGAGUCGAUGAUGCAUCGCGAGGAUUUUCGAAUGUUUGGGGCGUAUUUUUCUGCUCCUGUGCCGUUAUUUAGCAGGGCUGGAAUGUAGCCUUUGGAUUCUGUGUAAGCAAUGAGUGAUCGGCAUUCAUUUGAAGUCAGUAAUGGAUGAAGAGUAAAUGCUGUAAUGUGAGGAUGUGAUCGGGAGAGAUUGGACAUGGUUGGCGUCGGCGGUGUAGUAUUGAGUUG